CGCGACAAGAGGCGAGACAGAGAGGAAUCGUCGACGUCGUCUGCUCGUCCGUUCCCAUUACCCCCUCUUGCAGGUUGUUUGCUUUGCUUCGUCCGACACCCAAAGAAGAUGGCGCCGCGGCCGCGCCGACGGAUGCUGGCGCUGCCGGCGGUGUACCCGUGCGAGGCCAUCGAGCCGGCGCCGCUGCUGGCGUCGCUGAUCUCCCUCGCCGCGGACAUCGCCGGCCUCCGCGCCGCCGACGUGGACGCGCUCCCGGCGCUCCGUGGCGCGGCACGCGAGGCUGUCCGGAUCGUCGGCUUGGUCCUCGUGCUCCUCGACGGCAUCGUCCGCGACGCUCCGGCUCCGGACCAGGCGGCCGUGCUGGGCCUCUCGGAGCUACACGUGGCGCUACAAAAGCUGCGGCUCCUGCUCGCCGACUGCGCCCGGAAGGGGGCGCGCCUGUGGGUGCUCAUGAACGCCGAGCUGUCGGCCUCCGAGCUCCGGGUGCUGCUGGGCUCCGUCGCCACGGCAAUGGACGCGCUGCCGGGGGACGUCGUCAGGGCGUCCGCGGACGCCGAGGAGCUCGCGGGGCUGGUGUCCCGGCAGGCGUGGCGCGCGGCGUCUCGUCUGCGGCCGGACCCGGAGGACGACCGCGCGGCGCGGGCCGUGCGCUCGGUGCUCGCGCGGUUCGCGAGCGGCGUGUCGCCCGACGCAGAGGACGCCAGGCUCGUGCUCGCCUGCGUCGGGGUCGACACCUGGCUGGACUGCUCCGAGGAGGCCGCGUUCCUGGAGGCCGAGCUGCUGGAGCGCCUGGAGACCGGCAGCGACAGCGACAACGACAACGACCUCGUGCUCAUCGGCGGCCUCAUGGCGUUCUUGCUCUACUGCCGCGUCGUCUUGUUCGACCGCAUCGAUGAUUCCGGCAAGGCCGCGACGGCGAACAGGCUCCCGCCGAGGUGGGCGGCGGGGGUCAACCUCAACCUGGAGGCGCUGCAGUGCCCGAUCACGCUGGAGCUGAUGACGGACCCGGUAACGGUGGCCACCGGCCAGACGUACGACCGCGCAUCCAUCAAGAAGUGGAUCAAGAGCGGGUGCCGGACGUGCCCCGUCACCGGCGAGAGGCUGCGCAGCGCCGAGCUCGUGCCGAACGUCGCGGCGCGCGCGGUCAUCGAGCAGCUCCUCCUCAGCCGGGGCGUCCCGCUCCACGAGCCCAGCAGCAAACACCGGUGCGCGGUCGACAAGACCGCCACGCCGUUCGGCGCGGCCGCGGCCGGCGGCGUGCGCCUCUCCGCGGCGUUCCUGAUGGCAAGGCUGUCCAGCGGCGCGCCCGAGGACCAGAAGAAGGCGACGUACGAGGCCCGCAAGCUCUCGAAGCGGAACGUCUUCUACCGGGCGUGCCUCGUGGAGGCGGACGCCGUGCCGUGGCUGCUCCACCUGCUCUCUUCCACGGACGCGUCCGUGCAGGACAACUCCGUGGCGGGCCUCCUGAACCUGUCCAAGCACCCGGCCGGGCGGCGGGCGCUGGUGGAGGCCGGCGGGCUGGGCCUCGUGGUGGACGCCGUGAACGUGGCCGCCAAGGUCGAGGCGCGGCAGAACGCGGCGGCCAUCCUGUUCUACCUCUCGUCCAACCUGGAGUACUGCGAGGAGAUCAGCCGCAUGCCGGAGGCGGUUCCGACGCUGGUGCGCCUGGCGCGCGAGGGCGCGUACCGCGGCCGGAAGAACGCGCUGGUGAGCCUCUACGGGCUGCUCCAGUGCGCGGACGCGCACGGCAGGGCGGUGUCGGCGGGCGCCGUGGACGCGCUCGCCGGCCUGCUGGGGUCGUCCGCCGGAGACGACGACCUCGCCCUCGACGCCGUCGCGCUGCUCGCGAGGCUCGCGGAGCAGCCGGCCGGCGCGCGCGCCGUCAUGGAGAGCUCGGAGCUGGUGACGAGGCUCGUGGACUUGUUCGGCGAGGCGGCGUCGCGGUCGGCGAAGGAGCACUGCGUGGCGCUGCUGGCGUUGCUGGGCCGGCACUGCGGGGACAAGGUGCUGACGCUGCUGGGCAAGCUACCUGGCCUGAUGCCGGCGCUGUACGCGGUGAUCGCCGACGGCACCCCGCAGGCGGGCAAGAAAGCGCGGUGGCUGGUGAAUGAGAUCCACCGGCACUACGAACAGCGGCAGACGCCGGCGUCCGCGCCAGCACCGACGACCGGCGACCGUGUCAUCCAUGUAUAGUAUAUGGCGCACGAAUGUUGUACAUUUGUUUUUGUUUUGACUGCUUUUCGUCUUUGAUGAUUGGGUUCCUUUCCCGGUUCGAGUUAUUUUUUUGAGAGCCGGGACGGGAUCGGAUACUGAUUUCGUCGUGAGUUGUACAGAACAAAGCCAAGUAUAAAUGUAGAGAGGACACUUUUAUAGUAUCUGGUUUGUGAUUUGGUACCAAAUACUCCUACAUGAAUGUUGAGCAGUUCCAAAAUAAA